UAGUUUAGUUGAAUAAUCAACUAUUCAGUUAAAGUUUUUCAUAUUCGUUUAUUAUUGAUUAACACUAUGGCUAGGACUCUAUUAUUGAUUUUUGUAAUUUCGUUCAGUACUUACUUAACAGAACAAACAUCGUUUUUGUCACAAGAUUAUAUUAAUGAAAUAAACAAUGUUGCUAAAACAUGGAAGGCUGGUCAAAAUUUUCAUCCGAAUACGCCGAAAGAAGCAAUUUUGAGAUUAUUAGGUUCUAGAGGAGUUCGAGCCGCUGCUAAGACAAAUGGCCCAUAUAAAACCAGCGAUCCUGCAUACGUAUCAGACAACAGAAUUCACAAGAAAUUUGACGCCAGAAAACAUUGGCGCCACUGCAAAACGAUUGGCACAGUUCGCGACCAAGGAAACUGCGGUUCUUGUUGGGCUUUUGGUACCACAGGGGCAUUCGCAGACAGACUUUGUGUGGCAACAAACGAAAAUUAUAAUCAACUAGUGUCCGCUGAAGAACUAACGUUUUGCUGUCGUACUUGUGGUUUUGGAUGUAAAGGAGGUUACCCGAUCAAGGCAUGGGAGUAUUUUAGAAGACACGGCGUUGUUUCUGGCGGCAACUACAACACUACCGAUGGAUGUCAACCGUACCAAGUUCCACCUUGUCUUCACCAUCAAGAAGGAGAAGGUUCGUGUGAUAACCAACCAAGAGAAAGCAAUCAUAAAUGUUCCAAAAUAUGUUACGGUGACGAAACAAUCGAUUACAAAAGUGAUCACGUGAAGACUAGAGACGCAUAUUACCUUACAUUUGGCUCUAUUCAAAAGGACGUGCAAACUUAUGGGCCAAUCGAAGCAUCAUUUGAUGUAUACGAUGACUUUUUGAAUUACAAAAGUGGAGUUUACAUAAAAACUGAAAACGCAACAUAUUUAGGAGGACACGCUGUUAAGUUAAUUGGCUGGGGAGUCGAGCACGGUGUAGACUAUUGGUUAUUGGUUAACUCUUGGGGCUAUGAAUGGGGACAGAAUGGACUUUUCAAAAUAAGAAGAGGCACAAAUGAAUGCGGAAUUGACGAAUCAACUACCGGAGGCGUACCUUACGUACUAUAAAUUAAUGUUUUCAUAAAAUAUUAAUGUUAGUAGUUAUUUUAAAUAAAGAAAUAAUUUAAAUUUUCAAA